AGCAGAUCAAUUGCAGAGACAGUCAUGCUCUAAGGAUAUUGUUACUUAUUACACUUUCAAGGACAUGCCUUGGACAAGAACUCCAAAACCUCAAACAGAAUGUCGACUUCCAGUGAGCAAAGCAAAGUCUGUGUAUGACAGAGAAAAGUUUAAGGAAGGUUUUAGAGAAAUAAGGACCCAUAAUAAACUACCAUGGGUACCAGGAACGUUCCGGACUGAAGCAAGAGACAACUACAUACCUCCUACACUACAGCCAGUCUCUCAAAUACACAAUUACGAAGAAGAAGCUAGAAGUUUCUAUGAGAAGUCCGUUGCACAAUUAUCGACUAACAUUUCAGAAGAAUACGACGCUUUUCAAAAGGAAUAUUCAACAGAAAAUUCUGUUGUGGGCUCUAGAAGACCGAUCUGUUCUGUCCUCGACCAGUAUAUUGAGAAAAACAAGAGAUUAGAGAGAAAAAGUGUGCAAAUAGGAUGA